AUGUCCUGGGACGACGAAGACUUUGACUUACCCUCUUCCGCGAAAAACGAGCCUGUUCUGGCGUCUUGGGACGACGAGUUCGCCGAGACCAACGACGACGACGACGCCGUGCUGGAGUCGUGGGACGCCGAGCCCGCGGCGGCGUCGGCCAAGAAGCCCACCGCGCCCGCCAAGAAGCCCGCGGCCAAGAAGGACAAGAAGGACGCGGCCGCUAGCAAGCCGCUGCUGGAGAUCGACACGCUCGACGAGAGCACUCGCCGCGAGCUGCUGCGCAAGGCCGAGGUCGACUCGGACCUGAAUAACGCCGCAGACCUCUUCGGCGGGCUCGGCGUCGCCGAAGAGCACCCCCGCGCGCGCGCGCUGCGCAAGCAGCAGGAGGAAGAGGCCCUGACUCGCCCCGCCGCGCUCACCAAAGACACCCCGCUCGACACCCACCCACUGUUCCAGGCCGAGUCCAAAAAGGAGUACCAGGAGCUGCGCAAGGCGCUCGCCGCGGCCAUCACCCCGCUCAACGAGCGCUCCGCGCUCAACUACUCCUCUGGCCUCGCCAUCGACCUGAUUCGCGACGUCGCCAACCCCAUGUCCACCGAGUCCAUCCGCCAGACCAUCGCCACGCUCAACGUUCUCAUGAAGGACAAGGAGCGCCAGGAGAGACUGGCCCGUCUGGCCAAGGUCAAGGGAGGCACCGCCACAGGCGGUGCCGGCAAGAAGAAGGCCAAGGCUACGAGGGCCAACCUUGGCGGAGCCUUCAAGAAGGACCAGGAGUUCGACCUGGAAACCCCAGCCUUCGACGACUUCGGCGAGGACGACUUCAUGUAG